AUGGCUGAAAACGAAGAAUAUACGUUUGAAGUAAUCGACAAUGAGAACGAUGCACGUACAUGCGCGCAGCUAAUUGCCGAAGAAUUCGCUAAGCACGAACCCACAUGUAUUUUUCUUCGAACAGAACCACAAUAUUUCUUCCAAGAAGUAACAUGGCCAUUAAUAACAAGAGCACUCAAGGAAAAAUUGUCUUUUAUGGCACGGCAUCGCGCUUCAGGUGAAAUUAUCGCUGCUAUUUUUGCUCAAGAUCUUCAUAUGGCAUAUAAGGAACAUCCAUAUGAUGCUACUAGUUCUCCAGCAGCAAUACCUUUUCUCGAUUUACUCGACGAAAUGAAUGAAAUUUUUGUUUGUCGAGACUUUGGCCAAGAACUGACGCCUAACAUGGUCUUACAAAUCACAACAGGUGCAACUCGAGCGGCUCAUUGUGGCAAAGGUGUGGCUAGUCGCCUGCGUGCAUCUAUAUGUGAUCAUGCUCGAGACGCAAAAGGAUUUCAAUAUGCACUUGUGCAGGUAUCAAAUCCGGCCACUCGUCAUAUCUAUACAAAAAAGUUAGGUGGAAAAGAAUUGACAGUCAUUGACCCAAGAACAUGGUUGUGGAAGAAAAAAGAUGAUGGAUUAUCACGUCCAUACAAGGAUUAUGAAGGUGGUUCUGUACCGAAUAUUCUUCUAAAACUGGCACCUGCCGAAAAGAAGUGA